UCUGUAUGAAUAUUUUAGGAUCGCCUUUUCUGUGAUAUAUUGGUUUCAUUGUACUUAUUUUACUUUUACAAGAUCACUUUAUGUUUCUUUUAUUCUUUAUGUUGAACGUCUCUCUGUAAAACGUCGUUAUAGUUUAGUGACGUAUUCCUUCUUAAUUUGUUAGGUUUAUUCAAAAUGUCAUUUGGUCGAUCAAGUUUUCCAGAUUAUGGAUCUACUGAUUCUAGAUUUGGGGCACAACAAAGAUCUCAGCCAAAUACAAAUUUUGAUGUUAGACUGUAUAAUCAGCUAUGUGAUGAAAUCAGUUGCAAUAUAUUCUCUAUCAAUAACAAUGUUACGGCAUUGGAAAAAUCGUUAAAAGAAGUUGGAACACAAGCUGAUACUCCUUUACUAAGAGAAAAAAUACAUGCAACACGCCAAAGCACCAAAGACCUUGUAAGCAGCACAACAAAAUGUUUAAAAAUGUUGACAAAUGUGGUUGCAAGAGCAGGAAGGGAGCAAAAAUUGCAAGCUGAAAGAGUACGCAAUGAAUUUCGUGCUACAGUGCAACGUUACGAUACAUUGCAAAAGCAAUUAGAUCCAAAAAUGAAACAGACUGCGGUGCAGAAUCCAAAUACUAGUAGAAAUAUUUGGAAUCCUGAUGAAGAGGAAGAACAACAAUCAUUAGUUGCUGCGGAAAAAAUGCAACAAUAUCAAAUACAAGAAGAAUUAGAGUUUGAACAGGGAUUACUUUUAGAAAGAGAGCAAAGGAUAAGACAAAUUGAAUCUGAUAUGCUUGAUGUUAAUAAAGUAUUCUUAGAUUUGGCGGCAAUGGUUCGGGAGCAAGGAGAAGUAAUAGGCACAAUUGAAGAAAAUAUUACAACUGCUGCUUAUAAUGUGGAGGGAGGCACUGAACAAUUGGUUAAAGCUAGAAAUUAUCAGAAAGCAUAUCGCAAGAAACUUUGCUGUUUUGUUCUCAUUUUAGUUGUUGUUACAGUCAUCAUAGCAAUCAUUGUAUCAGUCAGUCUGAAUUCAUAAUCGUAUUUCUAUUCCUGUUGCAAUUUGGUAUGCAUUAAGCUUGUACAAGAUUUAUUGCCAACCAUUAUUUUACUGACAAGAUAUAGUCAUGCCACUGUGAUAAUAUUGCACAUCAAUAGCUAUAGUUAAAUAUUUGUGAAAAUAUAUAGCAAGAAAUAUAUCAUUUGUUAAAUAAUUCCAUUUAAAUUUACAAUUUUUUCAGAGUAAAAUAAAUGUUUAGUCAUAAGUGUGUUGUAUAAUUCAUCUCUGUGUUUUGUAAAUUGUAAAGGCUGCAACUCUUUUAAUCUGUUUCUGUCUUAUUUUGUAAUAUUUGUUAUGAAAUACUUUAAAUAUGUUAAAUUCAGAACUAACAUGACAUUUUAAAUAUAUCUAUUAUGAAAGUUGAUAUUUAUACAAAUAUUAAUAUCAUUUAAUAAUGUGAAUGUUAUUCAUAACAUGAUCAUUGCUACAUUAUAUUGAUACACAAAAUGCAAAUAAUGCAGUUAAUAAUUAUUUUUUUAAAUAUUG